GCGGGGGCGGCCCCGGCACCGCGGUCAGGUGGCACCGCCGAGACGGAGCCGGCCGAGCACGAUAAAAGUCCCGGCCCGCCGCCGCCGCCACGGCCGCGAGGGAGCGCGGAGCCGCCGCCCGGAGCCAUGGUCAGCACUGGACACACUCUGUGAGCCAUCCCAUCAGCACCCCGCGACAUCCCGGUACCGACCCGAUUUGGAGCAGGACAGGUUGUAACCAAGCUGACUAAGCAGAGGAAGCUCUCGCUGUCCUACCACCACCACCAGGCCAGACAAUCCUUCCCUUGGCUGAAGAUCCCGUUGAACCUCUUCCCAUAAUGGAAGCGUGAGUGCCAAGAUCCUCCAUGACCUCCAGAAGCCACAACUCCUUACCGAGAACUCUGAUGGCUCCACGAAUGCUUUCCGAAGGUGCCCUGGGGGGCAUCGCCCAAAUCACCCCCUCGCUGUACCUGAGCCGGGGCAGCGUCGCCUCCAACCGGCACCUGCUGCUCUCCCGGGGCAUCACCUGCAUCAUCAACGCCACCAUCGAGAUCCCCAACUUCAACUGGCCCCAGUUUGAAUACGUCAAAGUGCCUUUGGCUGACAUGCCCAACGCCCCCAUCUCCCUGUACUUCGACAGCGUGGCCGACAAGAUCAACAGCGUGGCGCGGAAACACGGGGCCACGCUGGUGCACUGCGCCGCCGGCGUCAGCAGGUCGGCCACGCUCUGCAUCGCCUUCCUCAUGAAGUACCACAAGGUCUCCCUCUUCGAGGCCUACAACUGGGUCAAGUCCCGGCGCCCCGUCAUACGGCCCAACGUGGGCUUCUGGAGGCAGCUGAUAGACUACGAGAGGAAGCUCUUCGGGAAGACGACGGUUAAAAUGGUACAGACGCCCUACGGCAUCAUCCCAGACGUUUAUGAGAGAGAGAGGAGACCCCUGAUGCCUUACUGGGGAAUUUAAUGGGACUGCAGACAGGAAGCACAACAGAAGGGACGCGCUAUUCUGAGACAACCAGACUGGAGACAUUCCCUUCUUCUUCUACAGCCAACUUUGAUUCUUUACCAUACAGCAGAACCUCAAUUCUCACCUCACUAAACCUGCAAGGCCAACGAUUCCCUUCAAAGCAUUUCUCUCUAUGGGGAUUUCCCAUCUGCAUCUCUCUCAUUUAGCAGAACCAGGUCUCCUUAUGAGUUUAUUCCUUCCAUAAAGCCUCCCUCCUUUUUUAGUCAGUUUAUUAGGGUCCUCCAAGGAAAGGCCUAAGAGGCAUUUGGCAGAGUUGAUGAGCCAAGUGCGCUUUGUGACGCGGUAGUAGCCUGGAUAUUUUGUUAUAGCUUGUUUGCUUCCCUGCAAAACCCUGUAGUGGCUCGGGAGCAGCACUAGCACAGAGUGAACAAGGCCCUGCUCCACGGCAGCGGGUUUUCCAAGCACCAGGAAGGCUGGAAUACAGGGCUGUGGUGCUAGUGCUGGUGUUUUCUUUAACAUCCAUAGUGACUCUCAGUAUAUAGUGUUUGAGAUCUUUAGUCAGCUCUUAAUCGUAUUCAAAGUUAGAAAAAAAAAAAAAGAAAAAAAAAGUGAAUCAGUCCGUGUCAGCCACAAGGAAAAUAAAAUUUGAACGAUUCAAAUCAAAUAAAUACAAGAUCCUUUUUAACUCAUUCCACACCAGGGCAAUAGUCCUGGAAUACACUUCAACUACUGGAAAAUGCUGGUGUGUUUUGCGGGUGGAAAGUCGACAGAUCCUGUCCAGAUGUGGCUCAAGACAGAAGCAAGAGGGUUGAACCCGCUGGACAACCAAAGAGACGUUCAGGAAUCCGUGCACGGCCCCCUGCCCGAGGGGCUGGGCCGUGUCUGUGAACAUUCCAGCAACCACUCUGUUGGAAGUCAGUAAAUCCGCUUGAUUCUUCAUCUCCGAGCCCGGUCAUGAUCUGCCUUAGUCCAUUUCCGAAUCACUCCAUUCCGUCCUCAAGGUUAUGCUGCAUUCUGGGAUUAUUCCGCGCCAACGGAUCUGUCCACCCUCCCGGCCAGGCACAAAGGCUCUGCCCUGUGCUGUGUGUGCCGGGAGUGAUUCCAACCCCAGCCUUUCCGUGCGAGAAGCCUUCCUGCGGCUCCCGCCCAUCGCUCCCCUCCCGGCAGGGACGGGACUGGUUUCCCUGGAGCGUCACCGGAACCCAGGAGAGCCCCAUUCCUGAGGAGACACUGGUGUCCUCUGCCCCGGGAGGAGGAGCAGGCAGAUUGCUGGAUGCCGCGAUCGCUGAUUUAAGUGAGAUUCUAUACUU